UACAAUAUCAGCCCAAUCUCUUCCCAAAUCCUUCUCUCUCUUUUUUCUCUGAUUCUCUGUGAGUCCGAUUUAGCGAUGAUUCCAGUGGUGCUGAGCCAGGUGGCCACCGGUCUAAGCGUGCUCGCCGGAGCGGUUCUGGUUAAAUCGGUGAUGGACCAGAAGACCAUGGCCGGUCCAUUCCCUCGCUGUCCCGCUUGCAACGGAACCGGUCGAGUCACUUGCAUGUGUUCCCGUUGGUCCGACGGCGAUAUUGGUUGCAGAACUUGCGCCGGUUCAGGCCGGAUGGCUUGCAGCAGUUGCGGCGGAACCGGGACCGGUCGACCCUUACCCGCUAGAAUUACGGUACGGUCUCCGGACCGCCCCUCGUAGUUCACCGGUUCGGUUUUAUUAUCGGUACUCUUUUUCAUGUAUAAAUAAUAAAUCGUAUAUAGCUUUGUUUUUGCUCUUUUAAAUUAAAUUCUCACCUACCAAAUCUCAACUGAAAUAUGGGAAUGUAUUAAGUGCUUGACACUUGUGACAGAGAGAAGAGGAGACAAUAUUACUAUGUUGUCACUAAUUCUUAUUUCUUACUAAAUCAUACGACUUCAUAUGAUAUAUAUAAUCCGAUUUGCUUCCUAA